AAAUGAAAAAGAAGAAAAACAAACAAUUUAGUAACAAGGCUGUUGAAGAUGCAUCAUAUGGAUCCACUGAUGAAGCAGCCUGUAAUUUUAGUGAUGGAUCAAUGGUAAAAGACGAGUCAGUUUGUGAAGCUGACUGUGUGUUACAGCUGUCUAAAGUUAGUGUAUGUGAAGAUAAAAAAGGAUAUUCAAAAUUGAUUCGAUCUAACUGGGAAAAUGUUGCCCUUCUUCAUCCAUCGAUCAUGAACUCUCUAUCCAUAACCAGUCAUGUUGUAAUUGCCAGUCAAGAAAGUAGUACCUUAUGUGUUGUUUACCCAUUGAAAAGCUUAAAAAAAUCUACUGUUUGUUUACCGAAAGAUAAUUUUGGCUUUAAGCAAGGGGAUGUUGUCAAUAUUCAACAAUAUAAAGGACAGAUACGAAUAGCAGCUGAGAUUUUUGUUUCGCUAAAUCCAAAGAUAAAUGCUACCCAAGAUCUAGUUGAAAGGGUACAUACAAGUUUAUGCCAUAGAUUUUUUAGUGAAGGAACAUCAUUAAAGUUUCAACAAUUGGGAAGCACUUAUGAGAUUACUAUUUCACGAAUACUUCCUGAAAUACCAAAUGAUUCCCCUAGUUAUUCACUGAACUCUCAUCUUUCUUAUUUAAAUGACAUUUGCUCAUUAUCAAAUUUGACUUUGAAUGAUGAUUCAAAAUAUCUUCAAUCUACUCCACAUAAGAUGAGGACGAAUUUUGAUCAAUCUUUUGGUGUUCCUGAAUUUUCAUCUACUCCUCAAAACAAUCAGUUAAAAAAACCUCAAAAAACAAUUCCUGUUGCCUGCAAUUCUUCUUUUGGAGAUGCUGAGUUCAGGACUGAUGUUGAGUAUUUUAAAAUAUCUCACAAAACUAAGAUACAUAUAACGCCCUUAACAGAAGAAGGCGAAAAUAGUUCUGUAACUCUGUUUAGUGAAAUUAUUGGUUUACAUGAGCAGCUGCAUUUUAUUAAGAAAUUUUUAAACAUGUUUUUGAGAUGUCAAGAAAACCAUGGUGUUAGUUUAAUGUUUAUGGGGCCAUCUGGUACAGGAAAAACCAUGGUUAUGGAAACUAUCUCUAAGGAAUACCAACUGCAUUCUGAAAGAAUUCAUUGGUAUGACAUUUAUUCAAAGCAUAUUUUUGAAGCUGAAGAGGACCUGAGAUCAACAUUUGCAAGAGCUGCACGAAAAUGCCCAUCAAUCAUAUUUAUAGAUGAAUUAAAUUACCUUUGUCCGCAUAAAGAAGAAGCAAGUGCAUCUACUUCCCAAAUUUGUAAUAUAUUGACAGACCUAAUCAAGGAACUACCAAGCAAAGUAUUGAUUGUUUCUUCAUCCAACAGUGCAAAUUACAAUGAUGUUGCUUUCAAAGUUGAUGGCAGGACAAUACAAGAAGUUAAGUUUCCAUUACCUAACAUUGAAGAAAGAAAAGCAAUGUUUCAAAAGUUAUUAAAUGAAAAAAAGCAUUCCCUUACUUCCGAUGAAAUACAGGACUGUGCAGCCAUUUCUCACACCUUUUCAAUGAAAGACAUCACAGAUGUUGUUAUGGAUGCUCAAAAUCUUUGCUGCAUGAAAGCUGUCAAAAGUUCUAGUAAUGAUGAAGUCAAUGUCAGCUGUGUUUUAAAUUUUUCUGAUAUAAAAAGGAUUUGUAAGUUGAAGAAGCCACAGAUUCUCUCAUCAAGCACUUUAAAAGUUAAAAAGGUCUUCUGGAAUGACAUAGGGGGAAUGAAGGCUGUGAAAGAAAAACUAAGAGAACUAGUUGAAUGGCCUCUGAAAUAUCCUGAAGCAUUUAAGAGAUUCAACAUUACGCCAUCAAAAGGGGUGUUGAUGUACGGUCCUCCAGGGUGCUCUAAGACAAUGAUUGCUAAAGCCCUUGCCACUGAGUGUAAUCUGAAUUUCAUAUCUAGAAAUACUUCUGACUUGUUUCAUAAAUAUGUUGGUGAAUCUGAAAAGGCUGUUCGUGAAUUGUUUAUGUUGGCUAGAAUGAAAUCACCAAGCAUAAUUUUUUUGGAUGAAAUUGAUGCCCUUGUUGCUGAAAGAGGAAGUUGUUCAAGUAGAUCCGGUGUUGGUGAUAGAAUAGUGACUUCCCUGCUUACUGAAAUUGAUGGUAUAGAAGAACUUCAUGGAGUUUUAAUUGUAGCUGCAACCAAUAGACCUGAUAUGUUGGAUGACGCUUUAAUGAGAAAUGGAAGAAUUAAUCAUUUUAUAUAUGUUCCAUUACCUGACAAAGAAGCUAGAAAAGAAAUUCUUAAAUUACAAAUGAAAAAUCGAAUCAUCACUGAAGAAAUAGACUUUGAAUGUCUGUCUGAAAGAACUGAAGGAUAUACAGGAGCUGAAAUUGUUAAUCUAUGUAAUGAGGCUGCUUUGCAACUUUUAUCAGAAGACUUUGAAGCAGAGUCGCCAGCAUUCACUAUGAAACACUUUGAACAAGCUCUCAAUGCAAUUCGACCACGAACUACAAAAAAAAUGAUAGAUUUUUACGAAAAGUUCAAUUUAAAGUUCUCUAAAAAUGGCAGUUUGCAUUAAAACCUGAAGAGCGAAGCAUUUUGGUAACUUCCCUAACUGCAGGGUGACCAGAAAAAGCGCCCCCAGUAAGGAUCUGUAAAAACUUGAAAAUCACUGUACAUAGAUCGUUCAAAUUUUGGAAAUAAA